AUGGCUAAACAUUACUUAACACCGGCAACAGUAAUAGAAUCGGAUUCUGAUGACUCUUUGGAUGAUGACAGUAUAGAGAACGACGAGUAUGAACCUCCCAGAUCGUAUGUGAAAGUGACGGGGAUGAAGAAGGUUAAGGAACUCAGUGAUCAUCAUUUGAAGAAGAAUCCGAAUCAACAGCUAUGGUUGCUCAAGAUUCCUAAAGAGAUAGAGGUGUCCAAAAUUAGCAGUAUACCGAUCAACAGCAUAGGAGAGCCUGAAUUGUUUGAAGUGGAGGGGAAACAAUACAAAAUAGGAGAGGAUCUCACCUCGAUCAACGCUAAUAAUGAAAAGGACCAGAAGUAUACUCUCUUACAAGUGGCUGGCAGCUCAAGCUAUAAAGUUCAAUCGGAUAUUAAGAUCUCGAGGUUUUUCAACGUUUCGCAAAGCGUGACAUUUCCUGAAGUCAAUUGGAGUAAAGUGACUACUCCUAAAGAGCGGGUUAUGCCUGUUGAAGGACUCAGAAUGAGACAUUUCCCUACAGGAUACUACAUUCGAGACUACAAUGAGGCUAAAGAACCAUUAAUUCCUGAGAAGAAGAGAACGGCGGAAGAAGUUGUUGUUACAGAGGAAGAGGAGCCUACGAGGAAGCACCAUAAGCAUAAGACGGAGAAGAAGAAGAAGAAGCAUCAUCAUAAGCAUUAA